AUGGGCACACCCUUCAUCUCGCUGCUAGAGCCUAGCAAGCUCGAGGGCUUGGAGCCGGGAAAACCACACAACGAGCAACCACCAACUAUACCAAAAGUCUUCAUAGACGCCAUGGAGGUCCGCGAGAGCGUCUUUGUACAAGAACAAAACGUGCCCCUGGAGAAUGAGCAAGACAGUGACGAUUCCCGAUCCUGCCACUGGGUAGUAUACGCCAGUGUCAACAAGACGGAAGAAACAGAGGUACGGGAUGAGGAUGGAAAUGUCAUCCAGCCACGCAAAAGUUCAACUCGAACGACGCCCAUCGGGACCAUUCGCCUGGUCCCGUUCCCCCAUGCAAACCACCCCAAGAUUGGAGGUGAAUACUGGAACGGCCAGUUGCGGAAUGAGAAGGAACGCGGCACACCUGAUAUCAGCUCCCUGUCAGCAAAUUCUGGAUUAGACCGCCCGACAUCCUUCCACGACGGAAGGGAACCGUACAUCAAACUGGGCCGACUAGCUGUCGUCAAGGAAUACCGAGGCAACGGCCUCUCCGGACUUCUCAUUCAAACAGCCCUGUCGUGGCUGCGGUCCAACCCGUCGUUCUUCGACCCGAGCAUCACCGAGUUGGGCCUCGAGCAGAUGGGUGCAUCGACCGAGACAGAGAUACCCAAGUGGGGUGGUCUUGUCUGUGUUCAUGCCCAGGAGCAGAGUGUGGGAACGUGGGCAAAGUUGGGUUUCCAGGUCGACAAGGGCAUGGGCAAGUGGUGGGAAGAAGGAAUCCCUCACGUCGGCAUGUUUAAACGGUUGGAGGUCAGCCCCAAGGGGGUCCGUAUUUAG